UCCAAACAACAAACCAAGAGCAACAUGCACAACAUGAAGUGCGUGGUGGUGGGGGACGGCGCCGUGGGCAAAACGUGCGUACUCAUCUCGUACACGACCAACGCGUUCCCGGGCGAGUACAUCCCGACCGUGUUUGACAACUACAGUGCCAACGUGAUGGUGGACACCAAGCCCAUCAACCUCGGGCUGUGGGACACGGCGGGCCAAGAAGACUACGACCGGCUGCGGCCGCUGAGCUACCCGCAGACGGACGUGUUUCUGAUCUGCUUUUCGGUCGUGAGUCCCGCGUCGUUUGAGAACGUCAAGGCCAAGUGGUUCCCCGAGAUCCAGCACCACGCGCCAGGCGUGCCGUUUAUCCUCGUGGGCACCAAGCUGGACCUGCGCGACGACGAAGAAACCAUCGACCGACUCAAAGAGAAGCGCGUGAAACCCAUCACGACCGAGCAGGGCGAGGCUCUCAAGAACGAGCUGGGCGCGUUCAAGUACUUGGAGUGCUCGGCGCUGACCCAAAAGGGGCUCAAGCAGGUGUUUGACGAAGGCAUCCGGUGCGUGCUGCAGCACCACAAGAACCCCAAGAAGACGGCGCGAAAGUUUGGCGGGUGCAGCAUCCUUUAACCGACUAUUUUAUCUAUUCCACGCCAGCACACUUGGCCGUGCCAACUGCGUUGUAGCUGUCGAAGCUUGGUCUAGGCGUGUUUGAUAUGGUCACUUGGUGAGUUGACCUACCAAGGAACCGAUCCUACUGGUUGUACACCAGUGAGAAGUGUGAUCUUUACGAUUGCAGCGUAUGAAAGGUACAUAGCAUGCAGUUUGCAUCUCGAAUUUAGAAACAUGUUAUACCGCAAUACAUACCCGAACAACCUCCUCAAGACCACCGACCUAAGAUGGGGCAACAAGUUCUGAAAGAGGAUAAAGGCGUUGCUUGAUAUGAAUGCAACAAUGGCCUGUGUGCGCUAACUGACAUGAAUAGUUACUAACUCCUAAAGGAGAUGGCCUUAGCCGUGUUGGCGGGUCUGC